GGCAGGCAGUGGUCAUACACGAGGCAGGCAAAACCAAGACCCGACAGGGAGCAGGCGAAACCAUGGUCAAAAGCAGGCAACGGUCAAACUCACAGAACUGGAAUAUCAGAGGCUGGACAAGAGACAAGCCGGUGGACACAAACCGGCUCAUGCACGGGACUGGACAUACAGUACCGCUGGAAGGCAAGGUGCUUUGGCAAGACAUGGUGCUGAAAUACUAGCUACAGAAGCUGUGAAUUUAAGUUGAAUCACACAUUGACAAGUACCGCUUCCUUGAUUCUCAUCACCCUGUGAGGUAAAAGAAGAGAACAACAGGAACAAGUGCGACUGUCUCACCGACUCAAAGUGACUGAAGAGGUUUUCACAGCAGAGACAGCGCCGUGUUACAGCAUCGUGAACGUGACAAUGAUUUUGAUCCUGGUUAUCACUGCACUGGCAACAGCAAAAGGGGAUGUAAAAUGCAAUUUCACUGAAACAUCAGGAGGUCAAGAGUGUUUUGGUGCCACAGGACAGCGUUUGAUUUUUCAUCUGUGGAAAAAGCCAAAUUCAGAGAUGAGGUUGAUAAAAGAUGACAAACAUCGCAUUUUGAUAAGCAAGAACAUGAUGGUGGCUGUGGAUAAGGAAUAUGUGGAACCGUACAGUCACAAUGAGUCUGAAUCUGAAUUCCUAAGGAGUGGAGAUUUAAUCCUGGGCACGGCUGCGAUGAAACAUUCAGGAAGUUACGUUAUGGAGGAAUUUAACUCUGUUGGUAAAUUACUCAAAAAACUCACUUUUCAUCUACUAAUACAAGCUCCAGUAUCACAACCAGUUGUGUCCCAGUUGUGUUUGUCACCAGGACAGAUGAAGGUCAGCUGCUCCUCUGAGGGAGAAGCAGCAGAGCUCACCUUGACUCUAGACGAACGCAUGCUGAGUCCAACCAACUGUACGGGAGGAAAUCUGCCGCUGGCUGAAAGUGGAGCCGAACGACACAAACCCAACGUUUCACACGUUACUGUGUGUUUAAGUGCUCGGCUGACAGGAAGUCUUGUGUGUACGGCGUGGAACAUGGUCAGCAGACAGGAAACGCUUGUUCAUCUGAAGGACUGUGGAGAUUUCAUUUCUUCAUUCCCUGCUGUGACUGUGGCUGUGAUAGCGGGUGUUGCUCUCCUUCUCCUAGUGGCUCUUUUUCUUGGUAUAAAAAAAUGUAUUCACAAACCAAGACCCACAACCGUUAAUGAAUGCAAUGAUGAAACUGAAAUUGUCUACACUGAAGUUACAGUGAUAAGAAAUGUGAAGCACAAUACAGAACUAGACCAGCGUUCAACAUACUGUAAAGGUUUUCUUUAAAAGGCACCAACGUCUCUUUAAACCGUAAACAAACACUGACCUUCCUUUCUUCAGAUAAACACAUGAUCAGGGAUCAGAAAAUCGCUAUUGUUUUUAUUUGUUUUGUGUUGUAAUUGUGUUGUGUUUGUUUGUGUUGUAAUCUUCUGUAAACUAGCUCCUAGUCUGUCAGCAAUUCAUCCGUGACUAGUUCACUUCUUUGGUGACAUCUAUUGGACACCCACUGCAACAACAAUGUAGUGAUUGUUUAAGAUCACAAGAUGGAGCCGAAGUUUGGUUGUUCUAUAUAAAACACAUUGUGAUGCUCAAAACACUUGUGAUCUAUAUUACAAUGAUUUUGCUUUAAGUCUAAUAUUACUGAUAUGAACUUGAUAUGAAUUGUACAUUGUUUGAUUUUUCUUUUCUUUAGUAAAUGAACGUGCGUCUCGUCUUGGGGGAGGCCAUGCCUGGUACUUAAUAAAAGGCCAGAGAACUGUUCAUGGCUUCUGACGACAGGGCAAAGGAUGAUGUCAUGGGAGGUGUUGACUGAUUUUGUGUUGCUUUGCCUGGUAGUAGGUGUUUGUGUGUUAUAAGACCAGGGGUAGAAGUCGUGUUGGCUGCAGACAGAUGUGGAACAGCUGCUCAUUGUACUUUCCUUUACAGGCCACACUCCUCUGUCGAGUUCCCUUGUCUUUAUUUUUUGUUUGUUUUUUGAUUUAGAGAUUAUGUAGAUUUGAAAACAGAUUUCAACUGCUCUAUAUGUGCAAAUUAAAUAUUGAAUUUAAAAUUAAACCUAAGUUUUGUUUCAAUUAUAAAACAGGACAAUCUAACUGGACAGUCAGAGCAGAUUUAACUGUUAGUUUCAAACACUGUCAGUUUUUUAAGUGUCCACCUCCUCUUUUGCAUGUAAAUGUUGGAGAUGCAAUGGCUCUAAGUACCAUCUGCCAAAGUUAAAAUUGUGAAAGUGAAAGAUUCAAAUGUAGACCUGUGUGACAUGUACCUUUUAUAGACUACUGCAAUGUUGUGGGCAACACAAUAACCACUUCCUUGGUUCUUGUCAGAAACUAAUGAGAAAAAACAGCCUGCUGGCAGUAGAAUAGUUAGAGAUUGUAACGCAACAGUAAUUGAAAGUGUGGCAAACAAUGACUUCCAUCAGUGUGAUGAUGAUGAUUUUUCUGGCAAUGACAGCUCUGGCAAAAGGGGCUGUGAAAUGCAAAAUUGAAGUGAAUGAAACUACUCAGCACUGCAUUGCAGAACUUGAUGAGCCACUGACUUUUCAAAUACUCACUCAGAAGAAAACAACACAUUUGAAAAAGAAUAACAUUACCAUUUUAAGGAUAAACAAUGACAAGGUAGGGGGUAUAAAUGAGGACUAUAGAAGUCGCAUUACACAAUUAACAAAUACAACUAUUACACUUGACGUGAUGAGAACGACAGAUUUUGGAAAUUACCUGCUGGAAACGUUUAACCAUGAAGGUCAAUUAACACACACAACCAACUUUCAUCUAGAAGUACAAGCUCCAGUCUCAAAACCAAACGUGUCACAGACGUGUUUGUCACCAGAACAGUCUGUCGUCUGCUGCUCCACUGAAGGAGACGGAGUAGAGUUCAUCUGGAGUUUGGACAACAACAUAUUGAUACAGACCAGAGCUGAGA